GUCUUAGUCACAUUAGUCAUUUUGGGUGGCUUAAUCUAUACUAGAGAAGUUCAUUACCGGGCGUUGCCAUAAUUUUCAAGAUAUUCUAAGAAAGUUUUUGCAAAUUUCUCAACAUUGAGAGUAAACAAUUAACAAGAUUUAUCAGUCCGAUUUGGUGAUAAUCGGAUCGGCCAGUCUCCGAGUCAAACUUUACAACCAUGGAUUUCCCCGAUGAUGAAUGGCGGCGACGCCGAAAGCCUCACGAGUUUUUCUUUGAUGUGCCUGCUGUAGAAGAUCUGAAAGCUCAUUUGGGACAGCUUAAACGGUUUCCUUUCAAAGAAUUACAAGUUGCAACCGAUAACUUCAGCAAUAUAAACAUAUUGGGUAGAGGUGAAUUGUAUAAUGUCUACAAAGCACAACUAGCCGAUGGCUCAUUGGUUGCUAUAAAACGGAUGAAGGAAGAACAAACACAAAACGGGGAGCUUCAGUUUCAAAUGGGAGUUGCGAUGAUUAGUAUGGCCGUUCAUCGCAAUCUCCUUCGCUUAAGGGGAUUUUGCAUGACACCCAAAGAGCGAUUACUCAUUUACCCCUAUAUGGCCAAUGGAAGCGUUGCAUCACGUUUGAGAAAAAGACCGCCAAACGAGCCCACAUUGGACUGGCCUACUCGUAAACUGAUUGCAUUAGGGUCAGCUAGAGGACUUUCAUAUUUGCAUGAUCAUUGUGAUCCGAAGAUCGUUCAUGGUGAUGUUAGAGCCAAUAAUAUUUUGUUGGAUGAGGAGUUUGAGGCUGUCGUUGGAGGUUUUGGUUUGGCUACACUAAUGGACUGGAAUGAUACACCUGUACGUGGCACCCUCAGGGAUCUCUCAAAAGGAAAAUCAUCAGAAAAAGCUGAUGUGUUUGGGUAUGGGAUCAUGCUUUUGGUGCUCAUUACUGGACAAAGGUCGUUUGAUUUUGGACUUGCUAAUGAUAAUAACGCCAUGCUACUGGAUUGGGUGAACGGACUUCUUAAAGAGAACAAAUUGGAGAUGCUUGUUGACCCUGAUUUGGAUACCGAUUAUGUAGUGGUGGAGGUGGAACAGUUGAUUCAAGUGGCAUUGCAAUGUACACAAGACUCACCAAUGGAGCGGCCAAAGAUGACAGAUGUUUUAAGAAUGUUGGGAGGUGACGGGCUUGCAGAAAGAUGGCACGAGUGGCAGAAGGGGGACGUUUCGGAAAUUUGCCAAGAAUUUUGCGUUUUAACACAAAACCCAAACACUGAUUGGAUUAUGGAUGACUUGAUUGAUAACCUGGAAGCAGACGAAUUAUCUGGGCCCAGGUAAUCAAGAUCGUUAAGAAGUGAUCUUUUUAUAAUUGGGUUAUUGUAAUCCUCUUUUACAGUUUUACCUGGCACAUGCAAGUAACCAAUAAUCUUUCAAAAUUGUUUUAUUCUAUAACAUGCUUUAUCUUUAAACCUGCACCCUCAAUGUUUACAUUGAACAGCAAUAUCAUUAUAUAUAAACAUUCAAAAUCUUGUUAA